GAGAUUAGAGGGCGGGUGGUGCCAACCGUCGGCUGGCGAGCGGGUGGCUUCUGUGAGGAAAACGGACGUUAGUCUACCGUUGGUCAGGCUGCUACUGACAUGAGCGGCCUGGCUGGGGCUGAGAGGUCCCUUUUCCCCCAAACCGGCAGUCUCACGAUUCCCGACCAUGCCCCAGGAGACCUGGACCCAGACCAGUGCCUGAAGCUCCGUGAGGAAACCGAGGUGUCGCAGGUGAUGGCGGAGCCGGGUGCGGGAAGCUUGAACACGGUCGCGCUCCCACCGCCUCAGCUUCCAGAGGAGUGGGGAGCCUUCCACGCCCCUACGGGCUGUGGCCACCCUGCCCAGAUCCGAGGCGGUGGGAAUCGCGGUUUCGCAGCGACCGAAGCGGGGCAGGCGGAGGCUCCGCCUCUCACGGAAGGCCUGGAAGCUGUGUCGGUGUCCGUGGCAACGGACAACAGCCUGAAAAAUGGCUGUCGGAGUGGAGAGCCGCGCGGCCCAGGUGGGGAGAAGCCAGAGAGGCCGGGGUCUGAGAUGUUGGCAGAGGUGAAGGCCAAGGCAGUGGAACCUGAGAAGUGCGCCAUUUUCUCCGUAGCAGUGGAUGAGGAGGUGGUGAAGGAAGGAGUGAAGGAGGAGGAGGAGGAAGUGGUGGUGGAGCAGAAGAUGGAGAUAGAGAAGCAAGUAGGUGAAGAAAUAGAAAUGAUUGAAGAAAAUAGAGUGGUAGAGGAGGGGCAGGAAGAAGCAGGGCCCCGACCCUUGAAUAUGGAUCUCCGCAUGAACCCCCUGGAAGCCAUCCAGUUGGAACUGGACACUGUGAAUGCUCAGGCUGACAGGGCUUUUCAGCAACUGGAGCAUAAAUUUGGGCGGAUGCGUCGUCACUACCUGGAGAGGAGAAACUACAUCAUUCAGAAUAUCCCGGGCUUCUGGGUCACUGCCUUUAGGAACCACCCCCAGUUGUCCCCCAUGAUUAGGGGCCAAGAUGCAGAGAUGUUAAGAUACAUAACCAAUUUGGAGGUAAAGGAGCUCAGACACCCUAGAACUGGCUGCAAAUUCAAGUUCUUCUUUCGAAGAAACCCUUACUUCAGAAACAAGCUUAUUGUCAAAGAAUAUGAGGUCAGAGCCUCUGGCCGAGUGGUGUCUCUUUCCACUCCAAUCAUAUGGCGCCGGGGCCAUGAACCCCAGUCCUUCAUUCGCAGGAGCCAAGAUGUCGUCUGCAAUUUCUUCACCUGGUUUUCAGACCACAGCCUUCCAGAGUCUGACAAGAUUGCUGAAAUUAUCAAAGAGGAUUUGUGGCCAAAUCCACUGCAAUAUUACCUGUUGCGUGAAGGAGUCCGUAGAGCCAGACGUCGCCCCAUAAGAGAGCCAGUAGAGAUCCCCAGGCCGUUUGGAUUCCAGUCUGGUUAAUCUCGGCCUUUGGAAAUACUGCACAAGGUCCCCUACCACCUCUUGCUGGACCUGUGCUUGGACAACAGAAAUGGGUAUGCCUUCUGCCUUUUUUUUUUUCCCUUUUC